GUAUUUGUGUACAUUGUUCAUGUAAAUAGUGUAGCUAUAGUCAGGAAUAUCAACUUUGUGUACAUUGUUCAUGUCAUUAGUGUUGCUAUAGUCAAUGCUGGGACGCCGGCAGGGAACGUCUAAAUCUCUCUCUCGAAAUUCAUUUCUAUCCCCACAUUAAAGUGCAUGGUUAGAAUUCGGUUUAACAAGCAUAGUCAUUUCCCUCUUCGCAAAAUAAACGAUCUUUGUGUCGCAGGGACAUAAACUACGCAUCCCAUCGAGCAUUUCGCGCAUUGCCAUGACUGCAGAAGGACGCUAUGGCGGCUAGCCAGCGAUAGUUAUCCCGAAUAUCGGUCAUGAACUAAUGGACAACAGGAUGCGAGGCAUUCCCGGGACUCCGUCUGCUCCGGUCGCUAACGACGCCGAGCAGGGCGUCGAGGGCUGGGCCGUGAAUCGACAGAGCCUCGUUGGCCACGCGAGGGAAAUCCAGGUGACCGGGGCGGCGGAGGUUUGUUGCCCGGCCGACAGAGCGUCGGUGCGGUUCACGGUGGGCAGCAGCAAGGCGUCUGUGAGCGAGGUCACCGGUAGCGUGUCAAGGCGGGUGGAGUACAUUUUACAGGCUGCCAGACAACACGGCGUGAGAGAAGAAGACGUCAUGGUGAGGAAAUUCCUCCACAGGGAUGAAGACGUGUAUCACAUGACCUCAGAGGUGACCGUGACCUUCUCCGACUUUGACGAGAUGGAGCAAGUGUGCAUCAUCCUGUUGGAGAAGCUGGACAAGACCGUCUCAGUUGGAACACCUCGAUUUUUCCACAGCGCGGAAUGUCUCAAUCGCAUCCGGCAGAGUGUGUGCGUCUCAGCAGUGGACAACGCCCAGCAGAAGGCCAGCAAGAUCAGCCAGCUGCUGGGACAAAGUCUGGGAGCGCCCACCCUGAUCCGAGAGACGGACACACGGGAAUGGCGGGGCAAGGAUGAGGACGGUGCCCGGUGGGGUGCGGACACCCCCCACGCUGCUGCCGCCCUGCUUCCUCCGAUACCCACCAUCACCACCUCUUCACUGGUGUCCGUUUACUUCCGACUGCAGGAAGGAAGCAGGAAGAAAGUCUAACAUGUUGGGGCUAAAAAGGCUUGUGACGCAUACACUCCUUAAAUGUGUGAAGAAUGUAUGUUUUACACUGUUGGAUCUUCCAAGUAGAGAUUGAAAAUGCAAAAAAAAGAAAUGCACCAAAAGAGUCAGCUUAUUCCUGUGGAAGGAGUGUUAAAAAAGCCAGACAUUACCACACAGACCAGGCCUUCAGUCAUGAUGGAUGCCCCUUCCUACCUCCACGUAGCUCCAUCGUUCCAUUGAAGGAUGAUGGUGGUGGAAAAACAUCUCAGGUGGGAGAAGAAAGCUUUCUUCCAUCUUUUAAUGUAAGCAAACAGUAAGUAACAAGUUAUCAGUGUCCUAACUGUGUUUCUUUUGUUGCAUACGGGGAGCAGGGUUGCUGAUAGCCAUUUCCCACCACAAUUAGUGGCCGCAUCAAGCUGCCGAUGCUGUAGAAAACACUCAAAUGCUAAAGCUACUUACCAUUGAGAGGUGCCUUGAACCUCUUUUCUUGAGAAACUUGGGACCGUCCAGUCUCUACUUCCGGAUUGAUUCAGUAUCCAACACAUAUGGCUGUGUGACCAACCGCAGCAAAGGGGGAGGGGCGUGGGUGGAAGAGACCAUUUGCACAGGAACCAUGAAAUCCAGCCGGAAUAGGUGCAGAUUCUGGAAGAGAUCUAAAGCUUUGUGUGCUGGUUGUGGUGUGUAGCUGCUCUGUUGGAGUCCACAACGAUAGAACUCCCACUGGGCCUGAGGGUAGACGGCCAAUGUCAUGACCAAAACACUGUAUUAAAUGUGUAUGAAUAUAUUUAAGCCCCCUUAAGAGUCUG